CAACGGAGGGAGAGCCUUGGAGAAAAAUGGCGUCUGCUGGCGACCCAGAGCGGGACACCGGGCGUCCAGCCUAAGCGCUUCACCCGGACACUGAGCCCAGGGUUUGGCGGGGAAAGGCCAGACCUCUCGCGUGUUUAUUCCUCAUUUCACUCUGGUGCGUGGCCCAUUUCAGCACCGAAAUUGAGGCGGAACAGAGCAGGCUCUCUCCUGCAGUGAGGGACCGAAGAGCUAGGCCGCCUAAACCUGAAGCCGAGAUGCGGGAGGGUUCGCCCGGGCCAGUCCGCGGCUCGAGGGGCAGUCGAACCAGAGGGAUGAGAGGACGGGGCAGAGGCAGAGGACGGGCCCGGGGCCGAGGGCGAGGAGGUGCAGGCGGAGGGUCGGCCGACUUAGACACAGACGUGUCUGGUCGAGACAACUUUAAUUCGUCCCGCGGCCGUAGGAAAGUUGGAGCCCACAGCGCGGCAUCGCGGAGCAGAGGCAGCAGAGGGAGAGCCAGGGGGUCGAGAGGCGGCCGCGGCACCAGAGGAGGCGUGAGGCGGCCUCAGACCAAGGUGGUCUACGACGAUAACAGCGAGGAUGAGGAGGAUUAUUUCAGCUACAGAUCUGACGAAGACGAGCUCUUGAACGACAACCCGUCUUCUGAUCUGGAGGAAGAGGAGGCCUUAGGAAACGACUCGGACUAUCUGGAGGAGCUACCAGAUGAGGAUGAUGCCAGCUACUGCACCGAGAGCAGCUUCAGGAGCCACAGCACACAUGGAAGCACCCCAGGACGCAGAAGAAGCAGGCCUGUGCGACCAAGAUCUCCAAUAUUGGAAGCAAAGGAUGUUCCUUCCCUGGGUCUUCCUAAGUCCUCUGAAGACCUCCUGGUCCCUUCGUCACACCUGCUCGAUAUCAUUGGUGUUUAUGAGGUUUUGCGUAAUUUUGGCUCUGUGUUGCGUCUCUCUCCAUUCCGCCUGGAGGACUUCUGUGCAGCGCUGGCCAGCCAGGAGCAGUGCACGCUGCUUGCAGAGACCCACAUCUCACUGCUCAAAGCCAUUCUCCGAGAGGAGGACACGUCUAACACCACUUUUGGUCCUGCUGACGUGAAGGACUCUGUCAACUCCACACUGUAUUUUGUGGAUGGCAUGACAUGGCCAGAGGUUGUGCGUUCCUACUGUGACAGUGAUCCAGAGUACAGGCACAUUCUGCCUUUCCUAGACAAUGAGGAGUAUCCGUACGAGCCACUGGAAAGUAAAAUUAAAGUUCUCCAGUUUUUAGUGGACCAGUUUUUGGCAACCAACAUUGCUCGUGAGGAGCUCAUGUCUGAGGGUGUUGUGGCAUACGAUGAUCAUUGCAGAGUGUGCCAUCGUCUGGGCGACCUGCUUUGCUGUGAGACUUGUUCAGCUGUGUACCACCUGGAGUGUGUGAAGCCUCCGCUGCAGGAGGUGCCAGAGGACGAAUGGCAGUGCGAGGUCUGUGUGGCCCAUAAAGUGUCCGGUGUGGCAGACUGCAUCCCUGAGGUGCAGAAGACCAAACCAUUCAUCCGACAACUACCAAUUGGUUUUGAUCGGCAUCAUCGAAAAUAUUGGUUCUUGGAUCGGCGAGUUGUUGUAGAGGAGGACAGUGAGCAAGACAAAACAAUCUGGUACUACAGCUCCAAGGUCCAGCUGGCUGAACUCAUCGACUGCCUAGAUAAGGAUUACUGGGAGGCGGACUUGUAUGCUGCCAUUGAGGAGAUCCGAGAUGAGGUUCAUGCACACAUGGACAUCACAGAGGACUUGACCAACAAAGCCCGUGGCAGCAACAAGUGUUACCUCACUGCUGCCAACGAGGAGAUCCUGGAGAAGCUGCGGUUAAAGAAAGAGGAGGAGAUGGAGGAGGUGAAGAGGCGAGCAGCAGACGAGGCCCUGAGAGCACGGCUGGAGCAGGAAAAGAAAGAUGUGAAUGUAGAGCAUGACGACCCAGAGCCUGAGGACGGUCGACUGGCGGGGGACCUGAAGGAGGAGACCAGAGAGGAGCAGAUAAGCGGAGACCAGACCAAACCAGACUCUGAGGACAUUAACAGCUCAAAAACUGGAGAAACCCCAUCACAUCUCCUGUCCACAACUGUCACUGGAGAGGGCAUCCCCAGCCUCACCCAGCCCUCGCACCCCGGAGAGGACAACAGCAACAGCAGCGCAGAUCUACAACCCAGGGUCCCAGAACCCCCAGAUCUAGCAGACAAGUCAUCUCAAUCCUCUUUGGCCAGCUUUGAUGAAGCAGGGGAAAGUAAAGACGUGAAAGGAGAUGGCACACCUUCAGGAAGUAAGAAGUCUUCAGCCACUCGUAUGGUGACCCGGCUGAGGAAUCCAGACAGCAAACUCAGUCAGCUAAAAAGUCAACAGGUAGCUGCUGCUGUUCAUGAAGCUAACAAGGGCUUCAAGGAGGGCAAAGAGGUACUUGUUGUGAACGCACAAGGGGACAUCACCCGGAUCAGCACACGGAGCAGCAAAGAGGUGGUGAUGAAGGGGACCCUCAGCCAGUUCUUCAAACUUGGUCAAGAGGGCAAAUAUCGGGUCUACCAUAACCAGUACAGCUCCAAUGCACUUUCUUUAAACAAGCACCAGCACAGAGAGGACCAUGACAAGAGACGGCAUCUGUCCCACAAGUUUUGCAUGACUCCUGCGGGGGAAUUUAAAUGGAACGGGUCUAUCCAUGGCUUUAAGGGUCUGACUAUUUCCACUCUGAGGCUCACCAUCAUUCAACUGGAAAACAAUGUCCCUUCUCCAUUCAUGCAUCCCAACUGGGCCUCACAUAGAACCAACUGGAUCAAAGCGGUUCAGAUGUGCAGCAAGGCACGAGAGUUUGCGCUGGCUUUGGCAAUUUUGGAGUGCGCCAUCAAACCUGUGGCUUUACUGCCUAUUUGGAAGGACUCACUGGGCCACACCAGGCUGAAUCGCAUGACGUCCAUGGAACGAGAGGAGAAGGAAAAAGUAAAGAAAAGGGAGAAGAAACUGGAAGAUGAAGAAACACUGCAACAGGCCACUUGGGUCAAAUACACUUUCCCAAUCAAACAUCAGGUGUGGAAACAGAAGGGAGAGGAGUACCGUGUUACUGGUUAUGGAGGAUGGAGUUGGAUCAGUCGGACAUAUGUGCAUCGCUUGCUUACCAGACUUCCUGGAAACACCAACCCCAACUACAGAAAGGAGCUUGAAGAUGCCAAAAUGGGAAAGAAGUGCACAUUACUUGAUUUGAGUCAUCGACCAAGUAUAACUGCCACUGAAGAUCAGGAAAAAAACAGUCCCACAUCUGAACUGGUCGCUGCAAUCUCCACCGAAGACUUGGAUUCAAAAGAGAAAUCUGAAGACCGAUUACAAGAUGUCAAAAGUGAAGCUGAAAAGUCUGAGGGGAUUGUGUCAGACAAUUCCACAACAAAAAUGGAGGUCGAGCCCCCAUGUUCCCUUUUGAAUGAAUGCCAAGGCUCCAGUGAUGGUAAUGUGAAGGACCAAGUCGCUGUGAAGGAGGAGUCUAUGGAUUCAUUGGAGAGACCGUUCAAUUAUGACGUAGUGGACGUCAGUAAAGGGUUUCUGACACGGGUCGCCUACAAGAAGAAAGUAAAGGUGUCUAAACUAGACUCUCUGCUGGAGCGCCGGGUGAAACAGCACAAUAUUGAAGAGCAACAAAGAGGACAAGAGUCUGGAUCCAAACCCCAAACUCCGGCAGCACUGUCCUCAACCCCGGCACCUUCUGUGAGCACCCCCGUCCGACCACGCUCUCCACUCAAGCCCCACACUAUAGCACAGACUCUGGCUUCAGGAAAACAUCUGGAGGACGGAAAAACUGCAAUACAAAACACAACUUUACAAGUUGAUAAUGAUGAGACUGUGAGCCCAGAGGACGCAGUCUCUUCUCCUGUGUUGGACUCCGCACCUGCUGAUGGGUGCAGAAUAGAUGGAGAUUCAACAUCAAAUCAAAGGCUAUUACAGAAUCCAGAGUCGGACUCUGUAGAAAGGACUAUGGACUCAAAACAAACAAAUAGAGAAAUUUCAGAAGAAAUUAAAGCACUUGAAAUACAAGAAUGUAAUGUUAACUCUGAAUCUGAGGGUGUAAAACAUCAAUCUGUUAGUAGUUUAAGGGUUCUUGCCCAAAAGUGCAUAGAAAAAUCAUCAGCCCCCAAAUCUUCACAGCAAUUUGGCUCAGAGCCUAAUGGUAAAGACUCAGAGGAGCUGUUAGAAAAGGACAGCCCAAAAGAGAUUUGUACCCCUGAUCCUGCCUCUCCGCUGCCUCAGUUGAAUGGUGACGAUGGAUUAGGAGGUGAAAGUAAUUCAGAAUUGUGUCCAAAUAAUGGGAUGUACAAUCUGGAGCCUAAAGUGAACAGCAUAGAAAAAUAUGAUGAAGAAAAUAGGCUUGUUGGCUUGUUAAAAGAUGACAUCCAGUCUAAUCAUGUGUUAAAUGGAGAUUUAGGUCCUAUAGACGGGAACUCUACGGUUGAGACUGAAAAUAAAAUGUUUGACCCAGACUAUAGCCCUCCAGUUAAAAUCACCCGACUGGAAAGCAGUACAGAUGCACUUGGCACUAGUAAUCAAAGCACUAUUGAAAACGCCUGCACACCAUCGGUAAAAAUCAUCCGAAUGCCCCCCUCUCCCAUACCAUCAGCUGAGGAGUCCAGUCUAAGUGACGACUUUACAGAGGACAACAAUAGCAACGGCGAGAUGGCAGAACCGCUAAAGACUUUGUUCACACAGGUGACCACCACAUCCACAACCACAGUGGUCUCUUCUACUACCACUAUCACGGGAUCAAAUUUAAACCAAAUCACUUCAACAAACAGCAGCAGAGUGUCGUCCCUCACUACCACGACCAAGACGACUGUCACCAAAACGCCCGGGCAGUCUGAGGUGGUCACUAAAGAAGAGCAUACAUCAGUGUCUGCUUCUCUGUCUAAAUCCAAAACUGAUUCUAGUGGUGAAACGUCAGAGUUGUCAGUGACAAUGAGUCAAGAAGAUUGGUCAUCCACAAAAGGUCGUGUCCGACUUCUCAAAUUCUCCCGCACCAAAAAGACUCGCUCUGAUACUGCGCUGCCCUCAUACCGCAAGUUUGUCACCAAAAGUAACCGCAAGAGUAUUUUUGUGCUGCCAUUUGAUGACCUGAAAGUGCUGGCAAGACGGGGAGGAUUUCGUGAGGUGCAACUGUUCAGCUACAACGCCAAACCAGCUCCAGACAUUUGGCCAUACCCUUCACCCAGGCCUACGUUUGGCAUCACUUGGAGAUAUCGUCUGCAGACAGUGAGGUCGAUGGCAGGUGUUAGCUUGAUGCUGAGACUCCUUUGGGCCUCUUUGAGGUGGGAUGACAUGGCAGUCAAGCCAUCUGCAGCAGUGGGCACAACACGCACAGAACAAUCUGACACCGAAAUCACAACUACGGAGAUCAUCAAGAGGCGGGAUGUGGGACCAUAUGGCAUUCGCUCCGAGUACUGCAUCCGUAAAAUCAUCUGUCCACUCGGAGUGCCCGACACGCCUAAGGAAACCCACACGCCUCAGAGGAAGGGGCUGCGCUCCAGUGCCUUGCGGCCCAAGAAACCAGAGCCGGCCAAGCAGACGGGUCCCGUGGUGAUCGAGACCUGGGUGGCUGAGGAGGAGCUCGACCUUUGGGAGAUCAGAGCGUUCUCUGAAAGAGUUGAGAAGGAGAAGGCUCAAGCGGCGGAGCAGGCCAAGAAGCGCCUGGAGCAGAAGCCCGGCACAGUCACAGUUACUCCAUCAGGGACACCCAGCACUCCUGCCACAACACCUAAAGUGAUUGUUGGAGCCGUGUCAGGACAGGGCACCCCCAACGCCAAAGUGGUGCUGUCCACAAAGAUGGCCGGCAACGUCACAUUCCAGCAGGGCAAGAACUUCCAGCAGUCGUUCGCCACCUGGGUCAAGCAAGGUCAAACCACACAAGGGACUGAUACCAGCGUGACUGUUUCUGGUGGGCAAACCUUCCAAAUAACAGGAACGUCGAGUGGUGCUAAGGUUGUGUCCACCAAGCUUCCACUUCCUGCCAACAGCAAGAUUGUGACUGUAAAUGUGCCUGGUUCACAAGGAGGAGUGGUUCAGCAGAAGGUGUUGAGCAUCAUCCCAUCCAGUACAGCAGGCAGUGCACAGACUUAUACCACUUUGCAGCCUCGGGGCACAGCUCUUAGCAUAAGACCAAAUACACCAGGGUCCCAGCAGCAGGUCCUUACAGCUGGAGGUCAGAUCCGCCCAGGGAUGACGGUGAUUCGAACCCCAAUCCAACAGUCUGGAGCCAUGGGAAAGACUGUAAUUAGAACACCCCUUGUGGUUCAGCAAGGUCAAGGUGGACAACAGGUAGUGACUCAGAUCAUUCGAGGCCAGGCUGUUUCCACUGCAGUAUCUGGUGUGAGUGCUGUAGCUACAGUGGCUGGACAGGGGCCGGCCAGUCCCACCUCAGGACAGACGGCAGGACAAACACCACCCGGGACACCACGAGCCCAAGGCCCAGUCAAACUUAGCCUGGCACAACUCGCACAACUCACACAGAAGCAGCAGCAGCCUGGCGCAGGUGUGGAGCGACAGGCUGGUGUGGGUGGGACCCAGCCCCUCACAGUGAUGGUCCAGGGUCAGGGACAGACCACGGGGCAGCUCCAGGUCAUUCCUUCAGGGGUCACUGUAAUCCCUGGCCCGGGGCAGCAGCUCAUGCAGGCUACACUCCCCAAUGGCCAGAUGCAGCGCUUCCUCUUCACUCCCAUAGUCUCAGGUGUUGCACCCACACCAAGCACAGGUAACCCCACAAAAACCCCAGCCCAGCCGGCGCACCAGGCUGCUGCCCCAGUGCAAGCCAGUGCCUCUCCUCUGACCACAGCCAGCACCCCAUCAGCAGCCACACCCCAGGGGCAGGUACCCCCACAGAUGCCCAUUCAAUCCCCAACAUCACUGCAGAUCAAAACCCAGGGAGGCACUACACAGUUACAGCUUCAGCAAACGUCACAGCUCAUCAAUGUGUCAGGGCUCCAGCAGCAGGUACAGGUUUUGGCCCAGUUGCAGGCUCAACAGGGUGGUGGUGCACUGCCACAGCACUUCAAACUGCAGCUUCCAAUCCAGAUACAACAGACAGGGACCACAUCAGCUCAGGGAGGACAGAUUGGAAAUGUGGUGACUAUUCAGGCAGCCUCAGUGCAGGAGCAGUUACAGAGGAUCCAACAGUUGAGAGAGCAGCAGCAGCAGAAGAAACGGCAAGCGGCAGAGGCCAAAAGAGAACAGGCCCUCAACGCUGUCAAUCAGAACGACAUCAUACAGAAGCAGGUGGUGAUGAAGCAAAAUGCUGUUAUUGAACAUCUGAAGCAAAAGAAAACCAUGACGCCGGCAGAGCGAGAGGAGAAUCAGAGAAUGAUUGUGUGCAACCAGGUAAUGAAGUUCAUCCUGGACCGUAUAGAUAAAGAUGAAAGACAAGCAGCGAAGAAGAAGAAAAAAGAGGAGGUGGUGGAGGCGAAGAGGAGAUUGGCGAAUGCCAGUAAACUGUCCACACUCCUGUAUCGGCACAAAGAGAGCCUCAAGAUGGAGAUCCUCAAGAAGCGGGCCCUUCUCGACAAGGAGCUUCAGCUGGAGGCCCAGGAGGAGCUGAAAAAGGACUUGUUGCGGAUGCAGCGUGAGAAGGAGAAGGCCCACGCUGCAGCUCAACAGGCCGCUCGGGCCGCAGCCGCCGCCCAGCAGCAGGCUUUGGCCCAGCACCACCUCUCCACCCCCAGCGCCGCACACAAGAGGAAACGUGAUGAGGACAGAGACUCGAAGUCCAAGAAGAAGAAGAUGAUCUCAACUACAAGCACUAAAGAGAACAAGAAGGACAUUAAACUCUACUGUGUCUGCAAGACUCCCUACGAUGAGACCAAGUUCUAUAUUGGUUGUGACUUAUGUACAAACUGGUAUCAUGGCGACUGUGUGGGAAUCACGGAAAAGGAAGCAAAGAAAAUGGACGACUACAUUUGUGUUGAGUGUAAACGGGGCCAGGAGAGCAGCACACAGGAGCUGUUCUGCAUCUGCCAGACACCUUACGACGAGUCACAGUUCUAUAUUGGCUGUGAUCGUUGUCAAAACUGGUACCACGGUCGCUGUGUGGGAAUCCUGCAGAGUGAGGCUAACCACAUAGAUGAAUACGUUUGUCCACAGUGUCAGUCUACAGAGGACGCCAUGACUGUUUUUACGCCCCUCACGGACAAGGACUAUGAGGGCCUGAGAAGAAUACUUCGCUCCUUACAGGCCCAUAAAAUGGCUUGGCCAUUUCUGGAGCCGGUGGACACCAAUGAUGCCCCAGACUACUACAGGGUUAUUAAAGAACCAAUGGAUCUUUCCACGAUGGAGGUGAAGUUGCAGAAGCAUGAGUACAUCAAGCUGACGGAGUUUGUAGCCGACAUGACCAAAAUAUUUGACAACUGUCGCUAUUACAACCCCAGCGAUUCGCCCUUUUACCAGUGUGCUGAGAUUCUGGAGACAUUCUUUGUCCAAAAGCUCAAAGGAUUUAAAGCUAGCAGGUCUCAUAACAACAAACUACCAUCAGCAGUCUCUUAGUCCACUCAAAAUCUAUGGCUUAAACCAGCCCCAUGGUUUGAAUGUGACUGAAACGUCUCAUUUCUUGGGAGUUGGAAAUGCUGACGACAAAGUCUGAAUGGGUGUCAAAUUUACAGCUCUGACCAACUGGACCAACUGCCAGCCCCAUGCAGCACCUUGCUUGGAGUUUUCAGCCACUCUCCUUUGCAUCUGAAAUCAAGAAUCUAAGUAUCUCACUCUUCAUGAGAAAUGGCAUUCGGUAACGUCUCGGUAACGUCCCGGUAAUGUGGCAGCAGCAGACUUUAAUCAUGUUUUACUCAGGCACAAUUUGUAGUUUUCCUACAUCGUACAGUUGUUCUUCCUUUACCAUCAUCACAUCUACCAUCUUCGUUUCAUUUUUAGAUAUACCCUGCUCUAUGUGAGCACUGGUGAAUACUGAUUAGCUCAUUGUCAUUGUUUCAGUAAGAUGUCAUCAUUGUGUAUUAUUCAUUAUUCAAGACCAAAUACAGUUAUUUUUAAAUGGGUACACACAAGGGAUUGUCCUAAAGUUGUGAUGGAUAGAUGAUAAAGUCGUUGGCAUCUCCAAAUUAGCCCCUGUUGUUGGGUGCUGCCAGUUUGCAGUGGUUUAUGACAUGAGAUCUAAGAACGCAACAGUGAACAUCAGUGUCUGACUGGUAAACAAAAACGCAAAUUCAAGUAAAUGUGUGUACUGUUUGCAUAUAUUUGUAUAGUCCCAUCACUGUAGCCCACUGUUUAGUUACUCUACAAGAAACUGGACAGUUGCUAAAUGGACCCGAUGGACAGGUUUUCGGUCAUUAAAUGAAGAAGGUCAUGGACAAGCCCUGCUCUUUUGAAAAGCUCUGCCUCUUCUAAAGUAUUUCAUUGAAUUUGACAGAUUGGCUCAUGUCUGUCUGAGCUCAGAAGAACUGGCCCUCAGUGCACGGUUAAGUAAUUGGAUAAUAGACUUCUCCUCAGCAUCUCAAGAUAUUUUGUGGUCUGGGGUAGUGUG